AAGGGCAACAAAAGAGAAUAAAUAAAUUAAUUAAAAAAUAUAUAUUCAUUAACAUUUUGGACAUGAAGCAAAUAGUCCUGAAUUUGAUAUAAAGAAUUACUGGUGGUGAGGGAUACCCUUGUUCUCUCUCUCUCCUUAUACCUCUCUAUCAUUUUGAUGAAUAAAUACAUCUUCGACAGUGAAAUGAACUACAGCCUUGGUGGAUGUGAUUAGAGAAGACAUUGAAAUUUUAAGCACAAGAUCCUGUGUUUAACCUUUAACAUUAUACUUGCCCGAUGCUCUUCUCUUUCUCAUUAACAAAUACAUAUAAAAAUAAAUAGAAACCAAUGCCUUUUCCCUCUGAAUUGAGUCAUUCUGAAACUAAAUGUUGUCCUCAUGCAUUUUGACACAAAGGGGUACUGCUUCUUGGCCUCCACUAUGUCUGUGUUAGUUUUGUAUCCUAUCCCCUCCAUUGGAAGUUUCCUUAUUUUUUAUCUCUGAGAGUAUGUGCCAAAAUUUUUUAUUGGGUACAGAAAGUGGAGAUGUUGCUUCUGUAAUUGCUUCUCCACAGAAAAUGUUCAUUGACAGACUUAUCGAUACCCCCAGUCUGUUUCUAUCUUUUCUUCUUUGGGAUAGGGCCCUUAGAAGGUGAGGUUCCAGGAUACAUUAGUGAGGUGGCCCGGAGAAGUCAGGAUGGCAUUAUGGUAGUGUCUGCAACUUGGAUGAAAAAUGUGCUUUGUGUCCUAUGAAGAUAUAACUGUGACAUUCACUCCAGAGGAGUGGGCACUAUUAAAUCCUUCAGAGAAGAAACUCUACAGAGAUGUGAUGUGGGAAACCUUUAGGAACUUUCUCUCAAUAGAAAAAUUACAAGAGCAUUCCACCAAAGAGGAGCAACAUAACCAUCAAGGAACUAAACAAAGUAAUAUAGUGAAAAUCACUUAUAUCAAAGACAAAGUUCAAAAUGGUGAAAAAACUCCAGAAGUUGAAGAAUACAACGAAGUUUUUACAUUUUCUAGUCAUCUUCAAAAACACAAAAUAAUUCAUAUUGGAGAUAAAUCUCAUGAAUGUAGGAAAAUAUUCAGGCAAUGUAGUUCUCUGCGGAAACAUGAAAGAACUCACUGUAGAGAGAAACCCUAUGACUGUGAAGAACAUAGUACAGCAUUUAGUUGCCCCAGUAAUCUUCAAAGACAUAAAGGAACUCAAAGUGGCGAGAAACCGUAUGAAUGUAAACAAUGUUGUAAAACAUUCAGUUCUUCCAGUAAUCUUCAAGUACAUGAAAGAAUUCACAGCGGAGAGAAAUCAUAUGAAUGUAAACAAUGUAGUAAAACAUUCAGUUACUUCUGUCAUCUUUGGGUACAUGAGAGAAUUCACAGUGGAGAGAAACCCUAUGAAUGUAAACAGUGUUCUAAAACAUUCAUUUAUUCCAGUUCUCUUCGGAAGCAUGAAAUAACUCACAGUGGAGAGAAACCCUAUGAAUGUAAACAAUGUAGUAAAAAAUUCAGUCAAGCUGUUCAUCUUAGAGUACACGAAAGAAUUCACAGUGGACAGAAACCCUAUGAAUGUAAACUAUGUAGUAAAAGAUUCAGUCAAGCCAGUAAUCUUCGGGUUCAUGAAAGAACACACAGUAAAGAAAAACCCUAUAAAUGUGAACAAUGUGCUAAAAAAUUUUCUUACUCUGCUUCUCUUCGGCAACAUGAAAGAACUCAUAGAGGAGAGAAGCCCUAUGAAUGUAAACAAUGUAGUAAAACAUUUACUUGUUCCCGUUCCCAUUGGGUACAUGAAAGAACUCAUAGUGGAGACAAACUCUAUGAAUGUCUACAAUGUGCUAAAAAAUUUUCUUACUCUACUUCUCUUCGGCAACAUGAAAGAACUCAUAGAGGAGAGAAACCCUAUGAAUGUAAACAAUGUACUAAAAAAUUUUCUUACUCUGCUUCUCUUCGGCACCAUGAACAAAUUCACAGUGGAGAGAAACCCUAUGAAUGUAAACAAUGUAGUAAAUCAUUCAGUUGUUCCAGUUCUCUUCGUGCACACAAAAUAACACACAGUAAAGAGAAACCCUAUGAAUGUAAACAAUGUAGUAAAACAUUUACUUGUUCCAGUUAUCUUCGGGUACAUGAGAGAAUUCACAGUGGAGAGAAACCCUAUGAAUGUAAACAAUGUAGUAAAACAUUCACUUGUUCCAGUUAUCUCCGGGUACAUAAGAGAAUUCACACUGGAGAGAAACCCUAUGAAUGUACACAAUGUAGUAAAACAUUCACUUAUUCCAGUUAUCUUCGGGUACAUGAGAGAACUCACAGUGGAGAGAAACCCUAUGAGUGUACACAAUGUAGUAAAAUAUUCAGUCAAUCUAGUUCUCUUCGGAGACAUAAAAGAACUCAUAGUGGAGAGAAACCCUAUGAAUGUAAACAAGAGUAAAACAUUCAGUGUAUGCGGUUAUCUUUGGGCACAUGAGUGAAUUUACAGUAGAGAGAAACCCUAAAAUGUAAAGCAUUCAGUCAAUGCAGUUCUCUUCAGAAACAUGAAAGAACUCACAGUUAAUAGAAACCCUAUCAACACCAACUGUUGGAGAUGAUGUGGGUGGAAAGGGCUUCCCACAUUGCAGGUCAGUUUGUAAGUUGGUCCAACUUCUAUAAAAAACAUUCUGGAAAUUGAUCAGACACUAGAAAUGGAACUACAUUAUCACCCUCCAGUCCCUCUCCUAGUGAUUUACUUAGGGAAAAUUAAAACACCUAUACAAAAAGAAUUAUGUACAUCAGUGUUCACAACAACAGUUCAAGAUUCCCAACAUCAGAUGAAUGGCUAUGAAUUUUAGGUACAUAAACCCAAUUCAGUACUAUGUAGCUUUUAAAAAUCAUGAGCAUCAUCUUUGCUAUAUUACUGUCACAGCCUGAAGGCAUCCUGUAGAAUGAGACUAAGCAGAUGAAGAAAGACCAAUACUAAAUAAUCUCAUCUAUACAUGAAAGUAAAAACAAAAACAUUUAGGUGACUCAGAGUAGACUUGAUAUAGGGCACCAAAAACAAAGGAUUCUUGGGAAGGAGGAAAAGGAACAGGAUGAUAGAAUAUUUGGAUCUGGUUGUGCCUAUGCAUUAAAGGCUACUGUAAAGCAUUAAUGUCCUAAUAAAAUAAAAAUAGAAUUGUAUUCUGUCUUGGAGGUAGAACAAUGAAUAAAUUGUCAACUUGUGCCAGAGUGA